GAUUUAACGGAUACGGACAAAGUAAACAUUGCACCAGAACCUUUUGUGUAAAAUUUCACUUUUUCUGUUUAUUUCACCGCUUAAGUAUAAACAUCGAGAUGUUGAGCCUGUUAAAGAAGGAGAUCGAGUCCAAGAAGAGGUCCCUGGAGGAGAGCAAUGUCAUGGAGGGCGACAAGAGGUACUUCAAGCGGGCCGAGUUGAGCGCCCGCCAGGCAGAUGCCUACUGGAAGAGACUCGGCGUCGGGCCUCGGGACGGGAAUGAGGGAGAGGACGGCUCCUCCAACCAAGAGGGCGAGGCCUCGCGGUCGCAGGACAAGGUGAACCAGGAGGUGGGUGACGCGCCGGAGCUCCCCCGCGCUGAGGUCCUCCGGAGGCUGAGGGAGAGGGAGGAGCCCAUCAUGCUCUUCGGCGAGACGGAGCACGACGCCUUCAAGAGACUGCGGAGGCUGGAGAUCCUGGAGCCGGAGGUGAACCGGGGUCUGAGGAACGAUUUCCAGGAGGCCCUGGAGCGGGUGGACCAGGCCUAUCUCAACGAAAUCCUGAAGACAGAAGGAGGAGACGGCGUCCGAAAUGUUUCUCUCACGGGCGAAAUCAUCACCAUGGAGAUCCUGAUCGAGACGGCGAAGGACCUCAACAACGGCAACGCCUCGUUCGAACUCAGGUGCAAGGUCAUCCUCAAGUUUGUGGAGCUGAUUUUGCAGUUGUGGGGUAGCAAGCACAACGCGCGUCCGGAGGCGGAGAAGCUCAGCGUCCGGGGGAAGAUGGACUCCGCUACCUACACGCAGACGCAGUCGUACCUGAAGCCCUUGAUCAAGUGCCUCAAGAAGAGGUCUCUACCCGAUGACAUCAUGGAGUGUCUGACGGAGAUCGUGCAGCACUGCCUGGAGCGCGAUUACGUCAAGGCCAACGACGCUUACCUGCAGAUGGCCAUCGGCAACGCCCCCUGGCCCAUCGGCGUGACCAUGGUGGGCAUCCACGCGCGAACAGGGCGAGAAAAGAUCUUCAGUAAACACGUGGCCCACGUCCUCAACGAUGAAACGCAGCGGAAGUACAUCCAGGGCCUCAAACGGCUCAUGACCAAGUGCCAGCAGUACUUCCCAGCCGCGCCUUCGAAGUGCGUCGAAUACCAGGCAGUUGCACAGUGAAAAGUCGGGUUGUAAAUUUCUGUACCCGAAGACGGGUUCAUGACCUGUGUAAAAUAUGUGGAAAACAGCAGAACAUGAAUGACAGACUGAGCAGGAUGAGUGAACAGUUUCCGAAAAUUCACGUUGAAAAUAAAAACAAUUAUUUUAUUGUCCCAGCUCAUGAAUAUGAGUUAACAUUUUGCUAUGGUAAGAAUAAGGUAUUUCUUAUCUUCAAAGAUUCACAUUUUUUAGAUAAAUGCCUAUGUAGUAAGAUUUGACCAUAUUUUUCAUAUUUGUUUUGGAGAGAGAGGAAACAAACAAUAUAGGCAACAAAAUAGAUAUAAAAUGAGAUUACAAAAUUAAUUCCAAUUAAAGUAAUUUACAGUAAAAGAGUUAUUCGGCACAGCCCUACAGUUUGUGCUGUGCUAAUGUAUUGUAAGAAAAAAUAUGUACAAUAUAUAAGUAUAAGAUGUUCAUUUCAUUCAAACUUUUCAUCCUACAUAGUCCAUAUAUUGUUCACAUUUAUAUUUUGGCAAUUUUUCUAAUUGCCUUGCAUAUAUUAUUUUCCCUUCGUAUAAGAAAUAAAAGUUGAAAUUUUUAA